CCUCUUUCUCUUCCGCCACAUCUGUUUUUACCUCCUCUCUUUUACUCUCAGUUUUCAUUCACCCAUCUCUGUGUUCACAUCAAGGUUUGCUUUCUGAUGUUUCAGGAUGAAUGCAACAACCAGGACCAUUACUGAAGGUACAGCAGUUAACACAACUAAUAACACCAUCCCUGAAACCAGGACAGUCAAAAACCCCUUCUCAGCAUCACGACCUGAUUGGUUGCUCUACACAGUUCCUGCAUCAGCAUUUGUGAUUGGAAUUUUUCUGUUCACCUACAUCUGCAAAACACAACAACGCAGGAAUGCAUCUACAGUGAAGAGGACACACACAAAUGGAAACGUUGCCACUUAUACUGCUUUUAGGCAAACUGUGAGCGGCACUCAGAGGUGUAUGGAGAGUGCUGUAAACAACAAUAAGGAUGAGACGCAGUCCUAUGAGAAUGUAGAGGCAGCUAUUUACAGCAAUCAAGACAAAGUCACAUAUUAUGCGUCUGCAGAUGAAGAUUAUCUGGACCCUGAUGCAAUUGGGGAACAGGAAGGGGCGGGGCCAGAGGAACAUCAGAACACCCUACAACCACCUAGCAAUUUGACAGACACUGAUGGAGAGUCGUAUGAGGACAUGGAGGGAUGUUUGUAUGCUCAACCCCGAAAACGGACACAGAAACUUAAGGAUGUGACUGAAGAUGAGGACUACAUCAAUCCUGAUGAUGGAAAACAAGAUCUCACUCUGGACCACACAGACACUGAGUCGUAUGAACUCAUGGCCGAAUCAGACUGUAUAUACAACAACACAGACUUCACAGCAUCCCAUGACACCACAGAGGACGAUUCAUAUGAACAGAUGAUUGGAAUCCCGGCUCCGCUCCAGAAAGAGAUGUAUGGAUAACAGAGGGUAAAUGAGAGAGAUGCAGAGAAAUGGACAACUGCCAUGUAUGACGAUAAAAGAAACUGAAGGGAGAUUGAGACAAGAGAAACAGAGAGCUUCUUCUAUUAUUAAAACCUAUGAGAGCAGCUACAGGAUGAGUAAUAGCUAAUUAUUAUUUUUACAAGUUUACAAUUAUAAAUAUCAUCAAAAACAACCUUAAAGUCAAAUUGAAAACAAAACAUGACCGUUUACUUUCUUUAUACAUGCACCUGGUCUCGUUGUGCACGAUUCAUCACUGGUAACCACAGGGUAACGCAUUACAAGAUUACUUUUUUUAAGUAACUAGUAAAGUAACACAUUACUCUUUACAACAAAUGUCAUUACUUUAAUUCAAGUUACUUUGUUUUCCCAUUUAUUGACUGACAGCUCUCCUGUCCUCAUGUUGAGAGAAAUCGGGAGUAAGUGCAGAGAUGUGUGUGCUGUGUGAACAUGAUGUUAUUCUAGACUAGUUCUAGACUACAUGUGAGCAGACAUUUACUCAUUUACUUCUUCUCCUGGGUCCUAUUUUUCUGCAAUACAGAAUGGCAGCACAUCUGAAAGGUUUGUUUGAGCAGCGCCCUCUACUGUACAGGCGUAAAUAUGCAUUUCCUUCAGCCUGAGGCUUAUUCAUUUCACUUUUGGUGUGAAGGGUCUUCACAUUUUUGUUGUUAUAAAAACAAACAAACAAACAAACAAGCCCAGCCCAGAUGAGAAAAAGAAACGCAAAAGUAAUGUAACGCAUUACUUUCCAUUAAAAGUAACUAAGUAACACAAUUAGUUACUUUUUUUGGGAGUAACGCAAUAUUGCGAUGCAUUACUUUUAAAAGUAACUUUCCCCAAAACUGACGAUAACACUUUACAGUAGUCUAAUUAGUUAUCAUUGGUUAAUGCUUUAACUGACAAUGAGCAAUACGUUUAUUACAGUAUUUAUUAAUGUUAGUUCACUGUUCAUUGUUAGUUCAUGUCAGCUCAUGUCCAUUAUAUAUUAUUUGCCUACCUUUUUCUAUUUUCCCUCUGAAUAUUUGACUCAAAAUAUCACAUUACAGAAUUUUAGAAGGUUGUGAAUGAGUUUUUAUGUUGUAUGAAGGCCUUGAAGAGAUUCUGUACAAACUGCUUUUGAAUGGUACGAUCUGGGUGGAGAAAAAUUAUUCAGAAAAUGAAAGCGUAUAUUGCAUUCAGAGAUUGAAAAUCUCAGAAAAAAUGUCAAGAAAUGUCCUGGUCAUAUGUCAAUCCAAAAUCAAAUAUGAAAAAGAAGAAGAAAAAAAAAAUGUUGUGAGAGUUUUGUGAAAAUUAAAGUGUCAUGAAACCCA